UUUAACCUGUUGCAGGAGCAAAAGUGGAGAGUUCUGUGCCAAGGAAUCCGGAGUCGUAUUCCAAGGCAUUGUGGCCGGGACCGGAAGAGUGUCGACUUUCAAUCACGGUAGCUGCAAGGUGCACACCUUCCCCUUUAGGAUGAAGCUGGGCUACUGGGGCGUGGCCGCGGUGCUGGCGUGGCUGUGUCUUGUGCUUGUAUGUGAGACUAAACCCCUCAACCAUCUUAACUGGCUGAAAAUAUCUUCCCACCGGAAGAAACGACAAGUUUCCUAUCCAACACCAGCGACUACAUCUGCCACUAUAACACCUUAUCCACCGACUGAGAGUGCACAGCAGGCCUCCACCACCUAUAAUCCUUGGCUGAACGGGACAACUAGUGCCAGUACCGUCACGCCAUGGUAUAACAGGACCACAUCCCCGUACACAUCAUAUCCAACGACAACGACUGGUGCUGCAUUCUUGAAUUCUUCAUCAAGUCCUAACGCUGUCAGCUGUAACCGGACCUACACAACAGACGAGGGCAUCAUAGAGAGCACCCCAGGGAAUGGCUCCUACUACCCCAACAACGCCUACUGUACGUACACUGUACAGGGCAACUCCACCCGGCAGACACUGCAGUUCACCGUACAGACCUUCUCCCUCGAGUAUCACUCCAGCUGCUACUACGACUCGUUACAGUUGGGUUCGACCUCCAGCAGGAAGUACUGCGGAUCAUCUCUGUCCACCGGCAGGGUUCUCACAUAUACGUUCACAAACACCUUCACCUUGUACUUCAAGACAGAUGGCAGCGUUACCAGGAGAGGAUUUGUUAUCACCUACAGAAGGUUGCCGUAUGUUCCCCCAACCACCACAACCAUGGCAACAACUACAACAACAACGAGGCCGCCAAUACCCAACUGUAAUGCGACGUUCACCGCAGCCAGCGGCCAGCUUCGUAGUCCAAACUCCCCCCACAACUACCCCAACAACGUCUACUGCCGCUACACGUUUGUGGGAAGCGGACAGACCCAGUCUAUAAGUCUGGACUUCACCAGCUUUGCUGUGGAAAACCACGCUAGCUGCAGAUGGGACUGGGUCAUCAUCAACGGUGGGAACAAGAGAUGUGGCUUCACGGAAUUCACCAGGACCUAUACCUUUGUUGGGAACUUUACUGUUGAAUUCCGAACAGAUGGAAGUGUCACCUCCGAUGGUUUUGUAGCUAACUACGUUGUCAGUGACGCUCCAAACGCUACAACGCCCGCUCCCAGCAGUACAGCGACAUGCACGGCAACCUUGUCGUCAUCAUCUGGCACCAUCAUGAGUCCCCCAGGUGGCGGCAGCAACUACUUGGACAACACCCGGUGCUACUACACGUUCACAGCGACAUCCUACCCGAGAACCAUUACCUUCACCUUCACAACCUUCCAGCUGGAAAGUCAUUCCACCUGCAGAUAUGACUACGUCCAGUUUAACAGCGGCAUCAAGAAAUGUGGAACGAUCUCCAAUCUCGUGUAUACUGACACUAUGUAUAGCCAGUACCGUGUCACCUUCUACACUGACGGAUCUGUGACUCGCCGUGGCUUCGUAGCCACCUACCAGAUCAGCGAUGUCAUUAAUGCAGCAAGCACCAUCCCUCCCAGCACGGUUCCAUCAAACAACGGCAUCUGUGGCACUACCUUGACGUCUUCCACGGGUCGCAUCUACUACCCAGCCACCGCCACCUACAACAACAACGUCCGAUGCCAGGUGACCAUCAGACCUGGGGCUGGACAGACGUUCAACGUCACCUUCACAGACUUCGACAUCGAGAAUCAGUCCUCCUGCAGCUACGACUCUCUAGUAUUCCGGGUGAACGGAGUCGACUCUAACAAGUACUGUGGUCGCAACAGAGCUGGACUCACUCUAAACUUCCCCUACACCAGUGGUGACAUCGUGGUUGACUUCAGAACUGAUGGCAGCGUCACUGGGAGAGGCUUUGACCUCAACUUUCAAGUGGCCUAGGGUAAAAGAUGUGUUUUCCUGUCUGAUGGCUGCCUCCAGAGUCGACUGUUUCCCGGUGUUGCUGCCACAAACUGCCACGUAGAAAUAGUUUUUUUAGCUUUUCACUUUUCUUAUUAGCAGCAGAAUUUCUGCAUUUGUUCAUCGGACAAGUUAACGUAUUGUUUGAAUUUUAAGCAAUCCGUAAAUGCGCUGUAAUGUUGCUGGAGUGGCUAAUACUGGAUGUCUGGUCCAGAAAACGGUUGUUUACCGCCUAUAAUGUGAUAAGUUUUUCAGCUAUCUAUUCAUUGAUGAUAGGGGGCGGUCGAGGAGCUUAGUGGUUGAAGCAUUCACUCGUCACUUAGACGACCCGGAUUCGAUUCCCCACAUAGGUACAAUGCGUGAAGCCCAUUUCUGGUGUCCCCCGCCGCGAUAUUGCUGGAAUAUUGCUACAUGCGGGGUGAAGCGUUACUCACUCACCAUCUGAUGAUACAGACUUAUUAUUCUGUUGCAUUGACAUUUUCUUGAGACCAGUCAAUCAAGAUUGUGUUUCACGAAUAUUGAUGAGACGAGUCAGUCAGUCAAGGUGGUGUUUCACGAGUAUUGGUGAGACGAAUCAGUCAGUCAAAGUCGUGUUUCACGCGUAUUGGUGAGACGAGUCAGUCAGUCAAGGUCAUGUUUCACGAGUAUUGGUGAGACGAAUCAGUCAGUCAAGGUCGUGUUUCACGAGUAUUGGUGAGACGAGUCACUCAGUCAAGGUCGUGUUUCAUGAGUAUUGAUGAAACAAGACAGCAUACAAGACGCACACCAUCAACCAUCCAGAGUUAACAUAUGCACCACUAACGCCGGUCUGAUAGCAAUUAACAUAUGUAAACUAUCCAUAUUUAAUCAGAAAUGCAGAUAUCUAUAAUGGCUGACCCUUUAUUUGCUUUUGGUUUUGUCAUAGCUUAUAUUUGAUAUACAAAUGUAUGUAAACUGACGCUUUGCUUGUUUCUCUAAAUUGCAAAUCCACGAUUUACUUUUUCCUUAAAGUCAGGCAUAUUUCUUAUUUUCCAUUAUAGAAUGAGUGAGUUUGUUAAUUCAUACUUAUAUCGUGGCAGUAAUUCUUCUCGUGUUACUUUAAGAAUUCCGUUCUAUUGGGUUUUCAAGUUCCCCUUGUUACACAAACUAUCAGUGAUCAUUAGUUCUUUCUACCAAAGUUUCACUUUCAUUACUUGAAUCCUGAGAAUUAUGUUAACCUCUUAAUGAACUUGAAUGAGAUUGGAAGAACAUACUUUUCAUGGAGCGAUAUUUUAGGUUAAGUUUGUAAACAGUUACUCAUGUAUUUUCCACACAUAUAUAUCUCAUGUGCCAUAUGGAUGUACUUAUAGCAUGUCCAGGACUCCCAAGUUCCACUCUAACGCUUCAUGGUUUGUGUCCAGUAUGUAACUAUCGCUGUGAUGGAUGAUUCACAUCAGCCCUGAUGCCAAGUUUGCUACACUAUCACAGGCAGAUUGUGGAGCUAUUUCGAAUAUAUGUUACAGUCAGAUUGUGAAAUCAGUCAUUUCGUGGAAUGACCAAAAAUUUCAGUAAUUUCGUGAAAAGACUAAGAGUGUCAGCCAUGUCGCUGGAUAGCAGUAUAUCAGGAUCACUUAACUAAGUUUUGCCUAUUGAGACCACAGACAACUAAAAGGGCUGCUGAAGUAGCGUUCCGUUUAGUUGAAAUUUUCUUGACGAUAGGUGCCCCAGAGAUCCUCCAAUCUGAUAAUGGAUCAGGGUUCACGUCUCAUGUUAUGACAAAAUUCAACUCGUCUGGCUAGAACUAGCACGAGUACAUGGUACGCCAAGCCAUGCCCAAAAGCAAGGAUCAGUUGAAAGGGCAAAUGGCGACAUAAAGGACAUGCUGGUAGUGUGGAUGAGUGAUAAAAAGACUAAAGACUGGCGACAUCUUAUUCAUUUCACGAAAUGUCAUUUCACAAUCUGACUGUAACAUGUAUUCACCACAUUGUCAAUGGGCAAUCAGUAUAUCAAUGGAAGCUUAUCAUACGGUGAUAUUUCACUCUCGUCAUUAUUCCGAUACUUUGCUAUUGUUGAUGUUUAUAUAUUUGUUGUUCACAUUUUAAGGACCUAGUUGACAGAAAUUUGACAACAGUGUUUUCUCCUUAAUCAUUGAUGAUUUUUAUUCUGUAUUGUGCAGCUAUUUCCGUUUUAUUACAAUAAACACGUGCUUCAACCCAA